AUGUCGGGUUUUCAACUAGCGUUGGACUACAUUGACGCUGGAAGUGAAGAGGAAAUUUUACAGCAUCGUGAAAGGGCUCUAGACGCCAUUAAAAAGCUAGAGAAGGCCCUGGGUCUCAUCCAGAGAGUUGAGCCUGGGUUACCAUCUAACUCUAUAUCUGUCGAACCCGAUGUCGAGCAGCGACCUCAGCAGUUGUCCGAGAAAAUACUUACUAGAAUAGACAAAAACCUCGCCAGCAUCGUUUCUUAUGCUCGGAAAUCCCCAGAGACUGCGGUCGCGCCAGCACCGCAAAAGCGCGAAGAUCCUAGGAUCAUUGACGCACAGAUCUACUAUGGCGCGAGGAAAAAGACGACAAGUAUGAUGUUCCGGACAGCAUUGGCUAUCAGAUCUAUUAGUAUGGAAUUCGCAAGAUUCCAACAUUACCGACGUGGUUAUUCCAGAGUAGCUAGGCAAGUCAACCGCCUUUCAGCAAAAGCAGACCAGACGCAAGAAGCUACCAUCAGCGAUUUCAUUAAGGAGAACCAUAUAGCCGACCAUCGAACAUUCGAACGAAUGAUAACAUCUGGCACGAAGAUGCUCGUUCUCGAGGGCCUCUUUGGGAGUUGUGGUAUAUCCUCUCUACUAUGGAAAGUACCAAGCUGGAGUAAACUGAGCUAUCCCGAACUCCCAGUUCUCUUGGAGCUGUUGCUGCAGAUUCCAGAAUAUGAUAAGGUUCGCACUACGGCAGAAGAUUUGACCGGAUGGUAUGAACAAUGCCAAGAUGUAUACGACCAAAACAUUUACGCUCAACGAGCUACAUUUUUAUACAACAAGCUGCCACUGUGCAGACCCAAGGACGUGAUCCAACCAGUCAGCUAUCCACUUAUAGGAACGGAUUCCUUUGGUGGGCACAUGAGGGAUAGUGAUAUGGUGGUUUCGAUGGCCUCAGCAUGUCCAGAGAGCUCCUUAAAGCAUACGGGUAUGUGCUCUUUUGCUUUUCACGUGCAUAUCGUCAGAUAG